UCAUUUUUUUCCUUCUAUCCACUUGAGAGAAAAUUGAGAGAACAUUCAGUACUCGAUCGGCAUGGAAGGGAAGCUUGCAGAAACUGUGUUUACUUUUUCUGUUGAGGGAAUACUAUCGAAGGUGGCGUCACUUGCUGCUCAAGAACUCGGUCUCGCUUGGGGUUUCAAAGCUGAACUCAAACGGCUUCGCCAAUCAUUACUCACCAUUCAGGAUUUCUUGGGAGCUGUUUCCGACCAACCACAGGAUCGGGUCAAGGCGGUGGAGGAGUGGGUGAUGAAACUUAAAGAUAUAGCUCAUGAUGCUGACGAUCUGAUGGAUGAGUUCGACUACGAAAUGGUUCGCCGUAAAGUUGAACUCCAAAAUCAUAUGAAGAAAAAGGUACUCAACUUCUUUUCACUCUCCAAUCCACUUGCAUUUCGUUUGAAAAUGGCACAUAAAAUUCAGAAGAUCAACCAAUCCUUGGUAGUUCUCAAGGGUGAGGCAGCUUUCAUUGGUCUAGUCUCCAAGAAAAUAGAUGCAAACCCUCAGGAAGCUAGAUGGGACAGACAAACCAACUCACUCAUUGGCAGAGAUGAAAUAACCGUUGGAAGGGGAGAGGUUGUGUCGAAUAUAGUCACAACCUUGACCGACUUCAAGUACAAUCAAGAAAAUCUUGUGGUUAUGGCCAUCGUGGGAAUGGGAGGCCUCGGAAAAACAACAUUGGCCAAGUCAGUUUACAAAGAGGAUUUGAUACACAAGCAUUUCGAAACGAGAAUAUGGGUUUGUGUGUCGGACACUUUUGAUGUUCAUUUAAUUCUACUCAAGAUGUUAGAACAACUUAAACCAGCAAAUGUCCCUUCUUCAAAAGAUAACCAGGAAGCUCUGCUUAAGUUCCUUAAUGAAGAGUUGAAAGACAAAAGAUACUUACUCGUACUUGAUGACGUUUGGAACGACGACUCUAGAAAAUGGGAGAAUUUGAUGGAAUGUUUAUUUAAGCUUGAUUCUGCUAAGGGGUCCAAAAUUAUUGUCACUACUCGCAGUGGCAAAGUUGCAUCAGUAUCUGAAAAACUACUUCCGCGACAUGAUUUGGGAAAACUUUCUGUGGAUGAAUGUUGGUUCAUCAUGAAACAUAGAGCUUUCCCCAGUAACAGUGCUCAUAUAGCUCAUGAAUUCCAGACAAUUGGAAAGGAGAUUGCUAAAAAUUGUGGUGGUGUUCCAUUGGUGGCAAAGGUUUUGGGAAGCAUUUUGCACACUAAAAAAAGUAUUGCAGAAUGGUCGUUGUUUAAAGACAAUAAAAUAUGGGACAACUUACCCAAAGGAGAAGAUAGAAUUAUGCCAGUCUUGAAGUUGAGUUUUGACAAUUUAGAAUCACCAUCACUAAAGCAAUGUUUUGCAUAUUGCUCAAUGUUCAAAAAAGAUUCUGAAAUUCAAAGAGACAACUUGAUUCAACUUUGGAUGGCUCAAGGACUACUCCACCCUUCACCUGACGAAAGUAAAGAUAUGGAAGACGUAGGCAAUGAAUAUUUUGAUAUCCUAUUGCAGAGCUCCUUAUUUCAAGAUGCUUCAAUGAGUGACAAUGGCAUUGUUAACAAAUGCAAGAUGCAUGAUCUUGUGCACGAUUUGGCAGAGCUUAUAUCCAAAUUUGAAAUCUUGACGGAAGACUUACAUGACACUGGUAAUGCAGUUGAGAUUCGACAUGUUGCUCGGGUUUCUACUUUUAUACUAGAAAACAUUCUAGAAAGAGGUGCUAGGAAAUUGCGAUCGUUGUUUUUUGAUGAUGGUGAAGUUCCCAGUAACAUUCUUCCACGAUUCAAAGCUUUACGUGUCUUAAAUUUGUGUAAAGCUAAUCUUGAAGAAUUUCCAGUUUCAGUUGGAAGGCUGAAACACUUGAGGUAUCUUGACAUUUCCAAAACAAGAUUCACAACACUCCCCAACUCUAUAGGCAAGCUCUAUAACCUACAGACGUUAAGAGCAACAAAUUGUGCCCUUAAAGAGUUUCCAAAAGAACUGCAAAGUUUGAUCAACCUGAGGCAUAUUUAUUUUGAUCAGAGUACGAAAUUUCCCCAAGGGAUAAGGCGGUUGACUUGCCUUCGAACAGUACCUUACUUUUCGGUGGGUAAUGAGAUUGGUCGUCAAAUUGAAGAGUUGGCUGACUUGAAACAAUUGAGAGGUGAAUUAAUUGUUUGUAAUCUGGAGCACGUGAAGAAUGGAGAAGAAGCAAAGAAAGCUAAGUUGGAGGAUAAGACGAAAGUAUGCCAUUUAAGCUUCAAAUGGACAAGAAAUAGGUCAAUAACCAACAACAAUGAGGAUGAGGAUGUACUGGAAGGCCUUCGACCGCAUUCUGGGUUGGAGAGCUUAAGUAUUAAAAAUUUCGUGGGCGAUCAGUUUCCAUCGUGGAUGAUGAGUAGGUCAUUACUGCUCAACAACUUGAAGAAGAUUCAAUUACUUGGAUGCGACAAAUGUGAAGAAGUCCCACCGCUUGGUCAUCUACCUAAUCUUACGGAGCUUAAGAUUAGCGGAAUGGCUAACUUGAAAUGUGUUGGAGCUGAGUUCUACGGUUAUGAUCAUGUCCACAAUGUAGCCACGACAAGUAAGGAGAUAAUUACUUUAUUUCCUGCACUAAAAGUAUUAUAUAUAUCUAGGUGUGGUGAUCUAAUUGAAUGGAAGGAAGCACCAACAAUGUCAACACAGAAAGUAGUGGUUUUUCCUUGCCUCGAGAAGUUGACCAUCGAUAGUUGUUCCAAGUUGAGAAAUGCUCCAAGUCAUUUUCCAUUUCUCCAAAAUUUGGAGAUAAUUUCAUGUGAUAGCAGAACGCCAAUAGAAGAAAUAAGCAGUGGAUUGACAACUCUCACUUCCCUCAAAAUAAAAGGUAUUAAGGAGCUUACUUGUUUUCCACAAGGGAUGUUGAAGAACAACAAUAAUCUCUCAUCUUUAGAGAUAAGUGCUUGCGAUGAUUUAACUUGUAUUGCCUCAGAUGUAUUUGGUUCUUGCGUCUCUCUUGUGAUAUUGAAAAUUUGGAAUUGUAAAACGUUAAGGCAUUUGGCGGAUGGGCUAGACACACUCCCUCAUCUUGAAAACCUAACAGUUCACUGGUGUCCUAGUCUAGAGUUGAUUCCAAUUACACAGGGCAUGACAUCUCUUCGGGUCUUAGACAUUACGCAUUGUGAACGAUUGUCAAGCCUACCGAGUGGGUUAGAGUACUGCACCUCUCUCCAAACAUUGCAUUUAGAAGGUUGCAAUGGUGUAACAUCGUUUCCAUUUUACACCCUUGCACGUCUUCGCCGUUUGUAUAUUUGGGAAUGUAAUGGACUAUCAGGCCCACUGAGUGUAUGGGCCUCUCUCGUGGAAUUGAUUAUACUUGGUCUUAAUAAUCUGACAUCAAUUGAAAUUAAAGGCGGCUUGUCCUCUCUUCAGCGUUUGAGAAUUAUUAAUUGCAAAGAAUUAUCAAGCUUACCUGCUCUUCCACAACAAUGUGCGUCUCUUCAGAAUUUGGAGAUAAGUGCAUGCCCAAAGGUAGCAUCAUCAUCGUUUGGUGUCCAAAGUAGCAGCAUUAUUCUACAAUCUUUUUCAGAUUUGCGCACCUUCACCUCCCUUCGAGAACUGACGAUUAAAGAAUGUGAAGGAUUGGAAAGUGGGGUGAGCGGGCUGCAAUUUCCACUCUCUCUUGAGACGCUGGUAUUAAAAGGUUUCCCUAAUUUAGAGAUUCUUCCAAGUUUAGACAACCUCAAUUCUCUCCGUGAAUUGGGGAUUGUAAAUUGGAAAAAGCUAAAAUAUCUGCCGAUGGGGUUACAACGGCUCCCGCACUUGAAGAAAUUGGAAGUCGGUGGGUUCUCGGAGGAGCUCGAUUGCUUCCCUGAUUUUCAAGUUGGAUCAUUAAUGCACCUUACAGGCUUAGAGUUGACGGGUUGGCCUAAGCUCAAGUCUCUGCCUCAACAAAUUCAACACCUCACUUCUCUAACAUCAUUGUCUGUACGUAACUUUGACGGAGUGGAGACUUUGCCAGAAUGGUUGGGUAGCCUUACAUCCCUCACACAGCUGAGCAUUAAGUAUUGCAAUAAUCUGACCAACUUACCUAGUGUCCAAGCUAUGCAACGCCUCACCAAAUUACAAACCCUAUAUAUUUAUAGAUGUCAUCCCCUUCUAAAGCAAAGAUGCAGCAGGGACAGCGGCACAGAUUGGCCCAAGAUUUCUCACAUUCCAAAAAUCACAAUUAACUAGAAAUCAUACAAUGGUUGAGUUGAAGGUAGGCAGCACCUUAUUAAACUACAGCAAAUGUGUAUCGGAAAAACCAAAUUUCACGGUGUGCAAGGCCACAAGAUGACAGACUGUAGUUGGAUGGAAGUAAAAACCUGAGAAACUGCUAAACAUGGACGUAGCCCAGCUUGCAUGUAUGGAAGGUUCGUACAAUGUCCUAUGGACUUAGUACUGUCUUUGAUGAAUGAAAGAAAUUCUGGACGCUUUAUUGAGGACGAGAGCCUGUAAAAUCAGCUCCAGUAUACAAGGUGUGCUUUUCUCCUUUUCUUUUACAUUGAACAAUCUAAGCACGCAUGUUUUCCCUUCUUCAGGUUUUCUCCAUUUCAUAUUCACCAUGAACUUAUUAGCGAUUAUGCCAUUGAUGAUAACGGUGUUGUAAGAGUAAUUUGUUUUCUGAAACAAAGUUUGCUCAGUGCAGGUCCAUAUUGGGUACUUUGGGUCACUCUUUAUUAUGGUGUUGCUCACCAUUGUCUCAACACCUUAGUAUUUUACUGAGAGUUCUUUGGGCUGGGAAGAUAUGAAGGAAGUAGUCUCUGUUAUUUUAAGCAGAAAAUUCAAGCUGCCAACAAGGAGUUACUCCUACAAACAUGUGCAUUCCCUACCCCAACUGUCUAGGAUAAAAUAUAACAUCUUUCCUUUUUCUACAGCCGUGGUGGAGGACAUUGGCAUGGGCCUUGCAGCGGCCGAAGUUGCUGGAAUGAAGUGUAUCGUAACCAAAACUGAAGAAAACUUUCAAAAUGCGUAUGCAAACUUUGACUUCUGUGGAGAUUCACCGGAGGAGCGAUUUCACUUGGGAACCUGCAGAAGCCUUUUGUCAAACAUGAUUGCUGAAGAAAACUUUCAAAAUGCGUAUACUUGUUUGGUUGGCCUAAGCUCAAGUCUCUGCCUCAACAAAUUCAACACCUCACUUCUCUAACAUCAUUGUGUGUACGUAACUUUGACGGAGUGGAGACUUUGCCAGAAUGGUUGGGUAGCCUUACAUCCCUUAUAGAGCUGCAGAUUUGGAAUUGCAAGAAUCUGAUGAAUUUGCCUCGUGUCCAAGCUAUGCAAUGCCUCACCAAAUUAUAUACCCUGUUGAUUUUUGGAUGCCAUCCCCUUCUAAAGCAAAGAUGCACCAAGAACAGCGGCAUAGAUUGGCCUAAAAUUUCUCACAUUCCAGAUAUCACAAUUCUCUGAGUCUCACAACAGUUGGAGGGAAGGUAGGCAGCACCUUGUAUUCGAAAAACCAAAUUUCAUGGUGCGCAAGGCCACACUUGUCCGAAUGGCUCCAACUUCCACUUUGAAAUUAAUCCAUUGCCAUCUAUAUUUCUUUUGUCAUGCUCAACAACUGCAAAUUGAGUACAGGCAGAAUUGGUAGUCUGGUAGAAACUCUUGACCGAACAUUUCUAAUUUAGACAAACAGGGAAGCACUCAUCCCUUUAAUUACACUGGAUCGACAUUCUUUGUUCGAUACUUAUCAGUUUGAAGGCUCGGCUUUCCAUCCUAUUCCCAAUAAGUGGUGAGUUGUGGGCUACAAAUUAAUGCAAGUCUCUACUUGAGGGAGUGGAGCCUUUGCCAGAUCUGUUGGGUAACCUUACAUCCUUGUAGAGUUGGGAAUUAGAUGAAUUAUAAGAAUUUGAUGAAUCUACCCUCUGCCAAAGCUAUGCAACGUGUCGCCAAUUUACUGUCACAGUGAAUUAAGCAAUGUAAGUUUUUUAAACUCCACCCCCUUUUCUCUUCUAGUAAUUAAGUUGACUUAUUAUAUAUGUUGUGUUUCCAAUUGGUAUGUAUAACUCUAUUAGCAUCCUUUGGCAUUUUCAUGACACUCUUGCUCAACUGGAACGAUGUAAUGCAGUAGGUGCAAACAAAGUCCAGGUGCUGAUGCAAACAGGUCCUUCUUUCAUCCAUUGUAUGCUGGCAUAUAACUUCUGAAUUGGCUCAUAACUUUGUUGUUGAGAAAUACAUUGAAAUCGAAGCGGACUUGGUUGUUCAACCAUCAGUCGAUCACUUUUAGUUCUACAUGGCCAGACUAGUUCUCAUUAUCAUUCACAUUGUUUUGUUCCAAAACGUUUUAAAGUGGAAUUUUUCUUCUGGCCAGAUUGUUACGAGAGUGAUACUAUUGUUAAUUUUUGUCUCUUUCCUAGCAGAACAUUAAAGAUCUCAGGACUUUAUGGGAUUCAGUGAGAAAGUUGGUGUGUUCGAAUAUAAACCUGAUUAAUGCUUUAGAUGGUAUGACAUAAACGUACGAAUCACUUGUACAAAUAUGUGUAAACCAAUUUAACACUUUCAAUUGCUAUUCAUUCUUAUUAAAACAAACAAUAACUAAACCAUAAACAAGAAUGUUCUGCAUAUGCUUAUACAUGUUCCAUGCGUAACACAAUUUUUAUAGUUGUGUUGCCAUUCGUAGUUGGUAAUACUUUGUAAACCAUAUGACAUGUUCAUUUUACAGCAAGCCCGUUAGACCUUGAUUUUACUCAUGAGAGUCUUUGAGGAAAUUUUUUUUUUCGGUCAUGGAACUCACUCUGUAUCAGCAGUGGCAGGGGAUAUAAACUUUCAUGGCCUAGGAAACGAAAAUGCUAGAGGCAAGGUGUUCCUGCUGUGAAAAGUGCAACAUAUAAAGGAGAAUUGGGAUACUAUUCACAACUCAUGCGUGGAUCAAUAUCAUUCUUCAACUUCAAUCAUCUUUCCUUAUCAUCAAAUCCUAAUUUGGACACAAAUUGAAGCUUGGGCUUCCUGGCGUCCUUUGUGCCUUGCAUUGCUGUGAAAGGAGAGUACAAGAAGCAGCCAACUGUUGAAUAGAGGGAGAGCUUGAGCUUUGAAGCCGAAAAAACUUUUGUACUACCCUAAUUGUAACUCUCUUUCUUCACUUGCUUUCUAAAAGACUCUCUCAUGCUCCUUUUGAAAUGUAACCUACAUUAUUAUAGUAAAAACCGGAGAAACUACUAAAGAUUGACGUAGCCCAUCUUGCACGUAUGGAAGGUUCGUACAAUGUCCUAUGGACUUAGUACUGUCUUUAAAGAAAGAAAGAAAAUUUGGAUGCUUUAUUGGGGAUGAGAGUCUGUAAAAUCAACUCCAGUAUAUACGGUGUGCUUUUCUCCUUUUAUUACAUUGAACAAUCUAAGCACACAUUUUUUCCCAUUUUCAGGUUUUCUCCAUUCAUAUUCACCAUGAACUUUUAGUCCUUAUGCCAUGAUGAUAACAAUGUCGUAAGAGUCAUUUGUGUUGCAAAACAAAGUUUCUCAGUUGCUUGUAAAAUAGUAAAUUCUUUUACAUGGAUGGAAUGCCAUGAUGAUAACGAUGUCAGUGCAGUUUCUCAGUACAUUGGGUCAUUCUUCCUGAUGGUGUUCUGUCUCUGUUGUCUCCACACCUUAGCAUUUUGCAGAGAUUUCUUCGGGCCUUGAAGAUAUGAAGGGAGCAGCCUGAAGCAGAAAAUUCAAGUUGCAAACAAGUUACUCCUACAAACAUGUGCAUUCUCUACCCCAACUGUCUAGGAUAAAAUAUAACAUCUUUCCUUUUUCUACAGCUGUGGUGGUGGACGUCGGCAUGGGCCUUGCAGCAGCCAAAAUUGCUGGAAUGCUUUGUGCGUAAUCCUUGCUAGUCAUGUAUGUCAAAUUUUGAGGGCAAUCAAAUGAGAAACACGUUCACUUCAUCUCUUAAAACUCCAAUUUCAGGUACACAGCUGAAGAAGACUUUCAAAAUGCAUAUGCAAACUUUGACUUCUUUGGAGAUUCGUCGGAGGAGCGAUUUUACUUGGGAACGUGCAGAAGCCUUUUGUCAAACAGUAACAGUUUAUGAAUUAAAUUAAUUCAUUCAAAGCCGGUCCUCCAUCUACAAAAUGUUGGUGAGGAGUCUCAUGAUUAUGAAAUUAUUGAAGAUGAUUUCUUGAAGGUUGAAAUUUCAUGGAGUUUUGCUUAGUGGUUGUAUAUAAUUCUACUUUUGAUUGUCGGGGUUUACACUCUGCCCCACCCAUUGUAUGUUUUCUCAAGUAAUAUAAUUUGGGCGUGAGGGCCUAGCCUCCCAGCUUCGACUGGGUUCCAGCCCUCUUUAAAUAUAUAUUUUUUAAA